AUGGCCGCCUCCAGGCUGACCCCUGACGACCUCAGCGUGUACAGUCAUCUAACUGAAGAUGAGCUACUGCACAUUGCCGUGGAGCAAAGCUUUGCCAACACGACCCGUCCAGCUUCAACAUUAUCAUCAUUUUCAACACUACCUCCACCUCAAACUCAGUCCAGAGUUGUACAGAGACACCAUUACUCUGCCCCUCAACCACAGCUUCCAACUUCAGAUCCUCCUGAAAGACAGAGCACUAUCAACCCCCCCACCAGCCUGUCACAGUUCCUGUACAAAGGCCGGACCAGAAAGUUGAGUCCAUUACAGACUGUGAUCAGAAACGAUGACGUGCCAGCUCUGAUGGGCCUGAUAAGACAGAAGUGCAGUAGUUUGACGGACCCAAACGCUAAUGGCUGGAUCGCUCUUCAUGAAGCUGCUCAUUGUGGACGUCUGCAGUGUCUCAGGCUUCUGGUCAGAGCUUACCCUGAUUUAGUGAAUAAAUGCAGUGUGAAGAAUGAGACUCCUCUGCUGCUGGCCGUUGCUCGAGGAGAUGCCACUUGUGUUGAGUUCCUGCUGAAUCACAGAGCUGAUCCAAACGUUGCCAACACUGACCGGGACACACCACUGUACGCAGCCUGUGAACAUUCAAAUGAGGCCAUGGUAGAUGUUCUUCUGAGGUUUGGGGCUCAGGUGAAUCGUCCCUGCUGUCAAGGAGGAACUGCUCUACAUGAGAUCUGCAUGCGAGGAGACCUGAAGAUCUGUAAGAUGUUACUUGAAGCUGGAGCAAACCUGCAGGCAAGAAACAACUAUGGCAUCCAACCACUGUUCACUGCCGCACAGCACGGACAUGGCCAACUCAUCAACCUGCUCGCAAAGAACGGUGCAGAUAUUAAUGGCCAGGCCAACGAUGGAGCGUCACCACUGUUCGAAGCUAGUAAGAAUGGUUAUGUAUCUGCUGUGGAGGUACUGCUGUCUCUGAAGGCUGACGCCAACCGGUCAACAAAGUCCGGUCUGCUGCCACUACAUGUGGCUGUUCAGAACAAUCACUCACGGAUCGUGUCGAUGCUCAUACCCAUCACCAGCAGGGUCAGAGUGCGUCGGAGCGGUAUCAGUCCUCUACACAUUGCUGCAGAGAAAGACCACGACGACAUGUUGGAGAUGCUCAUCCAUGCCGGUUUUGACGUCAAUGCUGAGCUCUCAGAGGAACGCUCCCGGAUGUACGAGGACCGCCGCAGUACUCCGCUGUAUUGCUCAGUCUACAAUGGAAACCUGGAGGCUACGGAGAUGCUGCUGGAGGCCGGAGCCAACCCCAACCUGGAUGUGUUCAACCCACUGCUGAUCGCUGUGAGGCUGGGAUGGGUGGAUAUAGCAACGCUGCUGCUGACGUAUGGGGCCAAUGUCAACGCUCAGAUCUCCACAAAGCCAUCGCCGUUUCCUUCAGCCAUCUUGUUUGGCAUUGAGUCUCUGCCCAUGCUCAAACUACUCAUGGACCAUGGCUGCGAUGCCCGGCCUUGCUUUGACUGUUGCUAUGGAAACAAAAUACACCCACCUCCUCCACCUGAGCGCCGUCCUGUUGAAGAACUGCAGUUCAGUAGGGAGAGUCUGCCAGAGAGAAGUAUCCAGUUUUGCGAGACUGUCUGCACUCCGGGCCUACAUCAUGUCACUGGUCCAAUCGUGUCCAUUCUCCUCGAUUAUGUUGGACAUGUUCAGCUCUGCUCUCGGCUGCGGGAGGCUCUGGAGCUUCGCGCUGACUGGGACGAUAUCAAACUCAAAGCUUAUCCUCCUCAUCCUCUGAUGCAGCUCUGCAGAUUGAAAAUCAGACAGUUACUUGGAUUCCAACGCCUCAAACUGCUGCCCAUGCUGCCACUUCCUGUCCGACUCAUUCGCUUCCUGCAGUAUGAUGUUCAGUGCUUACUGAACUGAAAAGUUCUACCUACAAACCUAACCUGAUUUCAGCAUCAAAGAAAUGCACAAAUAUGAGCUAUGGUACUUUUUCAUUCACAUUACCAAAUAAUACAAAAAAAUACCAAAGAAUACUACACAAAACACACGAUACUUUGUGUUUGUUUUGAACCUGAGG